CAGAGGGAAGGCACAGCCAAGACGCCACGGAGCUGGUCCAUGGAGAACGUCACGGAUUACAGCUACCACCCGGAUGACUACGAGCCGUACCCCACCUGGGUGGAGGAAUGCCAGGGAGCGACCAUCCCCCAGGCCGAGCUGGGCCUGGCCGCCGUCUACUGCGUGAUCUUCGCCGCGGGCUUCCUGGGCAACGGGCUGCUCGUCUCCUCCCUGGGCUGGAGGUGUCGCCUCCAGCGGCAGGUGGACGUCUUCAUCUGGAACCUGGCGCUGGCCGACCUGGUCUUCCUGGCCACCCUGCCCCUGUGGGUGGACGCGGAGGCAAGGGGCAAGAGGUGGAGGGGCGGCUUGUCCCUCUGCCGGCUGAGCGGCUACGCGGUGGCGGUGAACGCUUACUCCAGCGUGCUGUUCCUCAGCUGCAUGAGCCUGGACCGCUACCUGGCCAUCGUCUACCCGCUGCAGUCCCGCCGGCUCCGCUCCAGAGCCUACGCGGCGCUGGCCUGCCUCUCGGUGUGGACCGCCUCGCUGCUGCUGGGGCUGCCCGUCCUUCGCAACCGCGUCCUUCACGUCCGAGAGGAGGGCUCGUACUGCGGCGAGGAUCCGGCUCUGGUCAGCCCUGCAGUCUCCCUGGCCUACCUGCUGUUCACCUUCUUCCUCCCGAUGCUCAUCAUCCUGGCCUGUUACUGCUCCAUCACCAGGAAGCUGUGUCAGCAGUACAGGAGGAGCAAGAGGCAGGACGUCAGGCUGAGGAAGUCGAUGCGGGUGGUCUUCCUGGUGGUCCUGGUGUUCCUGAUCUCCUGGCUGCCUUUCAACGUGUUCCGCUGCCUGGCCCUGGUCCACCGCUGGGGGGCGUCUGUGGAGUCGUGCGGCUUCCAGGCCGCGGUGGGGCUGGGCCAGGAAGUCAGUGCCCCCUUGGCUUUCGCCAAUAGCUGCGUCAACCCCUUCAUCUACUGGGUGUGCGACAGCUCCAUCCGGAAAGCCUUGCUGAGGCUCCUGCUGCCCUGCCUCAAGCCCUUUCACCUCAACCGCCUCUCCGCCGCCUCGGAGAGCCACCCCAGCCGAUCCAGCAGCGUCACCACCGACCACUCCAACCAAAGGGUCAGGUCGGCCCCGUCCGGGGUUCAGCUCGCCACUUGGGCUACCCACGUCGAACCUUGA